AUGAAAGUUUUAAGCAAAUUUCUUAUUAAUAGAACCUUAGUGCUGUAUUCUGAAAAAGCUGUUAGCGCAACUCCUUUGGAAUUAAAAUGUGAAACACGAUGUAGUGUUUUACAAAAUUUUGCUGUAUGUCUAUAUGUUUUAGGUGGGAAACAGGCUUAUGAAUUUAUUCGUUUGAAUCUUUAUGGAUCCAUUCCAAAUUUAGCAACCGUAGGCCAUUUAAUUCAAAAUUCAGAUACUGCUUUCAGUGAAGCAGAAUUCCACUUCCAAUUUCUUCGUCGAUUUCAUUUACAUUUUGGUUUCUGUUCUGAAGAUACCGCUGGUGUAAUCCGUGAAGUUGAAUAUGAUUCUAAAACAAAUUCCUUCGUCGGAUUUGCUACACCAAUUGGUCAUGGUGCUCCAUUGUCACAAUUUUAUCGAGCUGAUACAUUUAAUGAUUUUAAAACAAUAUAUGACACAAAUGAGAUAGCACCGUUAUUGAAUGUUCAAAUGUUGCAAACUAUUCCAACUGAAGAUGAUGCACAAUGCAUUUCAAGACCUUUGCUGGCAUACAAUCGACAUGGUGGUCGUGGUUAA